AUGUAUCUAAGUUUUAGCCGCUACAACUUGACAUCUCCAACUUCACUUGACCUCAUGAAACUCAUAACUCGUACUACCCUUCAACUACUACGCCCUUAUCACAAACUACAAAUACUCCAAAGAAUGUCUUCAAGCAGAACGUCUCCUCAGCCUCCCCCCUCAUUUACACUUAGCCCCUCCGAAAUCCUCAGUCAGACAACAGAUCUCAUAUCCUCCACAAAAGCUCUAGAAGACUCCCUUGUCGCUUCUCUUACACCCUCUACAGCUACAUUCUCAAGUCUCCUCAGGCCAAUCCUCAACGAUGAUCAUGCAGUUUCCAAGAAAACUCUCCUAAUUCGUCUCUUCAGCUCCGUAUCUGAGGAUAAAGAGCUUCGCGAUGCUUCUCGCACAGCAGAGGAAAUGCUCCUCAAAGCCAAUUCAGCAGCUCUCAUGCGAAAAGACGUCGCAGCCCUUGUAAAAGCAGUUUAUGACAAGAGUAAACAUAAAGAGGCGCUCGGUGAGGAAGAUGCGUAUAUGCUGUUCAAAACGCAUAGAGCGUACCAGAACACAGGCGCAGGUAUUGAAGACGAGGCGCUGAGAGAAAAGUACAAAGCUGCUGUACAGGAGCGAAAUGAAGUCCUCAUCGCAGCCAAAAAGACAAUUAGCGAAUCCGAUGAUGGCAUCUAUUUCACCCGUUCUCAACUCAACGGCGUACCCUCUUCAGUCCUCGACGCGAUGAAAGUCAACGACAAAGGCGAGCUCAAAGCAACCUUCAAAAAGGGUCAUCUCAUCUCCAUCAUGAAACAUACCACCAGAGCCAGCACAAGAAAAGCAUAUCACAUCGCCAAAGAAAGCCGCUUUCCCGAGAAUGUUGCCCGUCUGGAGCGAGCAGUCGAACUGCGCAACAGCACGGCGCGAAUGCUCGGUUUCAGAACCCACGCGGAGCUCAAAAUAGAGGAUAAAAUGGCGAAGAAUGUCGAGAGCGUUAUAACGAUGCUUAACAAGCUGCGAGUGCAAUUGAAGCCUCUUGCUGAUGAAGAGAUGAAGAAAUUAUUGGAGAUAAAGAAGGCUUACAUAAAGGAACACGGUACUGAUGAGGCCGAGGAGGACUCGGAUAAGUUGAACGCGUGGGAUUGGGCAUUCUAUGCGCGUAUUCUCGAGAAGGAGAGAUACUCUGUUGAUUCACUUCUUAUAUCGGAGUAUUUUGAAGUUAAUCACAGUCUUGAAGGCAUGCUUCGCAUAUUUGAGGAGAUUUUCGGCAUGGUCUUCGUUCCUACCGAUGCCCCGGUUUGGCAGAAGGAUGUCACCGUUUACGAAGCCUGGAACUCGGAGGAUCAAGGUGGUGGGUUCCUCGGAUACCUCUACCUUGACCUGUAUGCGCGAGAGGGUAAAUAUGCCGGCGCACACAGCUCUCUCAUCCAACCGGGCUUCAUUACUUCAGACAACAAGCGCCAUUAUCCUUCUUCAUCUCUAGUAACAUCCCUCCUUCAUACCCGCGGCCGUCCAACUCUACUUCUACACUCCGAGCUCAAAACAAUGUUCCACGAGCUUGGCCACGCGAUCCAUAAGCUCGUCACCCACACAAAGCAUCAACACGGCUGCUCUCGCGACUUUGUCGAGAUCCCCAGCAUUCUCCUCGAGAACUGGAUAUGGGUACCCUCUGUGCUGCGUCGUCUCGGAAAACACUACAGUUAUUUGAACGAUGAGUAUCUCAGCUUCUGGGAGACCCAGAAAGGUGAUGAGGAUAUAAGACCAGAGGAGGAGUUGCCGGAGAAGUUGGCGCUUGAUCUUGCGAAGACAAAGCAUGUCAACGGAGCACAUGCGAUGCUGCAUCAAGUUUUCCUCGCCUUGUUCGAUCUGACGAUUCACAAUGCUGAUGAGACUCACCCCGUGGAUACCACCAAGCUUUGGAAUGAGAGCAAGACGGAGAUCAUGGGUCUUGGACGAGCUGAUAGUAUUGGACAGGCAUCAUUCGCACAUCCUUUCCGUGGAUAUGAUGCUGCGUAUUUCACCUAUGCAUUAUCGAAAGUAUACGCAACCGACUUGUGGGUUAGCCACUUCAAGACCGACCCGAUGGAUAAGAAGACUGGCUUGCGAUAUCGUCAGCAUGUUUUGCAGCCUGGAGGUAGUCAACCUGAACUCAAGAGUCUUAGUAACUUCCUUGGCCGUGAACCAAACGACGAGGCAUACUAUUCAGAAGUCACCAGCACGUCGGGGUCUGAGAAGUCUGCUGCUUUGUAA